AAGCACGAAGCAAGCGCCCAGGUCCCCUCUCCAGCUCCUCCCUCCUCUGUAGGACACGAAGCUGGCUGUAGUGAACUCCUGGACCCCUUCGGACCCCUCCCUUCGCGAAGUUCCUGGCUUCUUCUCUAGGGCUAGGUCUACAAGCCUCUUCAGUCCUCCUGGAAGGUGACCAGAAGCAGCCGCGGGGAAGAGACUAGCAGCAGCAGCCGCCACCAGGCCCCGCCCAGCAGCAGCAGCAGAGCAGGGCCGCGCCCGGGACCGCUGCAGAGCGGGGGCUUCUGAUCUGCCUUUUUCAGGUGUGCAACCCUAUCCGCCUUCGCAGCCGAAACUUUCUCCUUCCGGUCCUCUAUUAAGGCAGCAGCCAUGCCGGUAACAGUAACCCGUACAACCAUCACGACUACAACGUCAUCAUCCUCCACCACUGUGGGGUCCGCUCGGGCGCUGACCCAGCCCCUGGGCCUCCUCCGCCUCCUCCAGCUCAUAUCCACCUGUGUGGCUUUCUCGCUGGUGGCCAGUGUGAAUGCUUGGACAGGGCCCAUGGGUAACUGGGCCAUGUUCACCUGGUGUUUCUGCUUUGCUGUUACCCUCAUCAUCCUGAUAGUGGAGUUAGGCGGACUCCAGGCCCGCUUCCCCCUGUCGUGGCGAAACUUCCCCAUCACCUUUGCCUGCUACGCGGCCCUCUUCUGCCUGUCGUCUUCCAUCAUCUAUCCCACGACCUACGUGCAGUUCCUAGCUCACGGACGUUCCCGGGACCACGCCAUUGCUGCCACCACCUUCUCGUGCGUUGCCUGUUUGGCGUAUGCCACUGAAGUGGCCUGGACUCGUGCAAGGCCUGGUGAGAUCACCGGCUACAUGGCUACCGUGCCAGGGCUGCUCAAAGUUUUUGAGACCUUUGUAGCCUGUGUCAUCUUUGCUUUCCUCAGUGAGCCGGCCCUGUACCAGCAUAAACCAGCCCUGGAGUGGUGUGUGGCAGUCUAUGCCAUCUGCUUCAUACUAGCAGGGGUGACCAUCCUGCUCAACUUGGGGGAUUGUACCAACAUGUUGCCCAUCCCUUUCCCCACCUUCCUGUCAGGCCUGGCCUUACUGUCUGUUCUCUUCUACGCCACUGCCAUCGUCCUCUGGCCCCUCUACCAAUUUGAUCAGAGAUAUCAGGGCCAUCCCCGCCGUUCAGGGGAUCCAAGCUGUUCUUAUAAUUAUAUGCAACCCAACGCGGUGUGUUUCUGGGACCGACGACUGGCGGUGGCCAUCCUGACAGGUAUCAACCUGCUGGCGUAUGUGUCUGAUCUGGUGUACUCCACUCGUCUGGUGUUCGUCAAGGUCUAAGAUUGACAAGGGGCUCCCUUCCCCAUCUCUCCUUGCAGCCUCUUCAACCUGAUUACCCAGGUGAUUGGUACUGUCCCACUUUCCCCUUGUCUCCCUCCCAUUUCCUCUUCCCUGUUGGGCAUGUAUAUUCUUCCCUAUUCCCUGUUUUCUUUUGCCUCCCUUUCUUACCUUUCCUCUUCCGGUAUGCCUCUUCUACCCUUGAGCUGUGGCUGCACAGCUUGCCUCUUUCAUUUUUCUGUCUCUGUAGUCUUUCCUGUGGGUUUUAUCACCUGCCUGUUUUCUUGGGAGCCCUCAGAAUUCUUGCUUUCUCUCCCACACCCCUCAAAGGUGCUGGCCCCACACAUCCCACACUCCUUUGCAGUUACCCACACUCCUUUGCAGUUCUUCACCCCAUGGGCCUUUUUACAGGCCUCAUUGCCAAAGCAUGCCUGCCUGCCUGCCUUAGCUGUGCCUUAGUUGGUAUGUAUGUAUGUAUAUGUGUGUGUGUGUGUGUGUGUGUGUGUGUGUGUGUGUGUGUGUGUGUAUGUUAAGGGGAUUGGGAAGCAGGCCAUAUAGUGUACCAGUCCUUUAAGUUCAAACCUGAACAAACAAAAUCCUGGAGGUCAGCAAUUCCCGGUGGCCAGGAGUCACCAAUAUGCAGUGUCUCUGCCUCUAGCUGUCACCCAGCUUUGUAUCAAAUUGGCUCUAGAUUUUAUUUUUACCAGGCUUACUGAAAGCCCAUUGGCUAGAGGCUACCCUUCGAUGAAGCAAUGGGUGGACACCUUUUCCUAAAUUUUUCUCCGUGCUAUUCAAACAAACAAACAAAUGUACCAGAAAUACCCACAUGGUAUCGCUCUCUCUCUUUGUCUCUGUCCCUUCCCUGCCCCUCUCUGGACAGGGUUUCUCUGUGUAUCCUUGGGUGUCCUAAAUUUGCUCUGUAGACCAGACUGCCCUCUAACUCGAGAUAUCUGCCUGCUCAUGCCUUCCUAGUGGUCGGAGUAAAAGGUGUGUGCCACCACUGCCCAGCCACCCACCUGGUCUUAAAGACAACUCUGAAGUAUUUCUGAGGGGCAGUAUUGGCGACCCUCUUACCUCAGUGUUAAAAUACCAUGGUCUGCUUUAGCAGGGAUGAGAAAAGAAAUGGCCUCUGCCAGCCUUAACGGCAUUAUGAUCCACCUUUUCAGAACAUGAAGACAAAAACAAACAACUAAGAAGCUCUUUUGUUUUACUUAUUUAUUUUUAAAUAACUGUGGAGACUUUCUUAAUGUAGCCCAAGCUGGUCUCAAACUUAACUGUAUAGCUGAGGCUUCCCUUGAACCCUUGUCUUUCCGUCUCACCCUCCGGGUGCUGAGAUUACAGAUGUGCCAUCAUACCCCAGUUGUGUAGCCCCAUUUAACAGGGAAACUUCUUAAACAUCUUUUCUUGGAGAUGGGGGUGAGUUUGGGGUUAUCAGGAUUGGAAUGGCCUGUGUGUGCUGUACAUGAACCCAGGUCCUCAUGUGCUAGUUGCUUCUUGCUGCUGCUUUCUGCUUCUCUGGGAUUCACAUGCAUUACUUGGUAUAUAUAUAUAUAUAUAUAUUAAAAAAUGUAUAAAUGUAUAUUUUAUUUUUUUUAAUUUUCUGGAGCUUUGGGUUUCUGUAGCUCCUGCUGUCAACCAUCCUUUCCCACCCCUUAAAUCCAUAAUGUUCUUUUUUUUAAAAAAAAAACACAAAAUCUCAAUAUAAAGAUAACAGAAAGA